GUCGGCGACUCCCUCUUUCCAAUAAUCCGAAACUUUUUUUUGAGGAUAUAUCAAAGGUAAAAGAGGGGAGAUUUUGUCGUGGCGCAGCGAAUACGGGCGUUGGAUGCGGUAUCGGUGGCAAUGGAUACGCGGGGAGAGCAUUUUGCAGGACUGAGAGAGAGCGGAAUGGACAGAAUGGGCUGAAAUUGCGAAAGUGCUGCUCUCCCCCUUGCCCCGGAAAAGCGCACCGCCAACAGAAAGGCGUGAAAUGUGAAUGAAUUACCCGGAAUUGCCCAUCCCAUCGGCACUAACAACACGCACCGCUUGCACCUGUAGAUGGUUCGCCCUGCCCUGAAGGUUAACAUUGUCAAGAAGCGCACUAAGCCCUUCAUUCGCAUCCAGUCGGACCGCUUCAAGCGUAUUGACUCGCGCACUCGCCGUCGCUUCAAGGGUACCCGCCCCCACCCUAAGAUCGGUUACGGAUCGAACCAGAAGACCCGCUUCCUGCUUCCGGACGGCUUCCGCAAGUACACCGUCCAGAACCUGAAGGACCUCGAGGGUCUGGUCAUGCUCAACCGCACCUACGCCGCUGAGAUCGCCCACAACAUCGGCGCCAAGAAGCGUGUCGUGCUUGUCGAGCGUGCCCAGCAGCUUGGCAUCAAGGUCAUCAACGCCGAUGCCCGUGUCCGCGCUGUCGAGAACUAAAAUGUCUUUCUUAUAUGUUUCUUGUUUUUCAGGGGCAACUUUAAAUCUUGCAA